AGGAUGAUUUGAGAUGGAGUGAUAAAUCAGUACCGGGAGGUUCAUUCUACCAGGCAGUCACGUGACCAGGGCCUAAACCCACCAGUCCGGGAAAACAAGCUGCAAACAGAGACAGAGUUUCAUGUAACAUGUCAAAAAAGAGAUGGCAGGUUUUUCCAGGAAAGAAUCGCUUCUUUUGUGGAGGCCGAAUUAUAAUGGCGAAGCAGAUUAACGUCUUCUUCGUAACUCUAGUUCUGCUCAUUGGGGUCUGUGUUCUGUUCUUCGUGUUCGACUCCGAGUUUUUGUCAGCUAGAAUACACUGGAUGAUACCUGUCAUAGCGGGAAUUCUCCUAGCCUUCACCCUUCUUUUCCUUUUCCGCACAUCCUUCUCAGAUCCCGGCAUCUUGCCGCGCGCCACCGGGGACGAGGCGCUCUUCAACGACCGCGGCGCUGACAAUAACGUGGAUUUAACACAAAGUUCCGCGAAUUUCCGCAACCCACCGCGAACUAAAGAUGUCCAAGUGAACGGGGAAACAGUAAAGUUGAAAUACUGCUUUACUUGUAAGAUAUUCAGGCCGCCACGUGCAUCACAUUGCUCAAUGUGUGAUAACUGUAUUGAACGGUUUGAUCAUCAUUGUCCGUGGGUAGGAAACUGCGUUGGAAAACGAAACUACAGAUAUUUCUACCUAAUGAUAGUUACUAUAACUGUCCUCUGUAUAUACAUCCUGGCAUUCAGUAUCGCUCAUAUUGUCUUAUUAAGUCGAGAUGGUGAGAAUACGUUGAUAUCAGCAAUGAGUGAAACACCAGCUAGUGUUAUAGAGGCACUCAUCGCAUUCUUUGCUGUUUGGUCAGUGUUAGGUCUUGCUGGAUUCCACAGCUACUUGGCUGGUACUAAUCAGACUACUAAUGAAGAGAUUAAAGGGUCAUGGGCCCAAAGGCACGGCGAAGUUGUUCGGAACCCCUACACCACUAAUAACUGCUGCGGGAACUUCACUAAGAUUCUCUGCGGUCCUUCCUACCACAGUUUACUGCGGCUGAGGGAGGAUAAAAAUAAGGAAAAACGAGACAUGGAGGAAGUUAAGAAAAAGAUAGAAAAGUUAAUGUUUGAACAACAGAAUAACAAUAACAACCAUGAACAGAGCCCCAAAUACCGUGAAAUUUGGAACUCUGGCUAUAUCGGGUCACUGGACGAACUCCCAGCCUCAUAAUGGUAUUCCUGUGGACCACACAGAUCUACAAACUCAGUUACCAAGGACGCCCACGCCUUCCUGAUGGGUCACGUGGGGAUUGUGACUAAAGUCUGUUACCAUGGCUACACACCUCGGCGUCAUCUUAUGAUAGAUCAGAUUUAUUUGAUUAAAAAACUGUCGAUAAGCUGGCCUGUCGUUAGUUUGUGGAUGAUAUGAGUUUUGUAUUUGUGUCCGCGUAUAAGCAGGAAGGAUGUUCAGAUAUUUGAUUGCUAUUUGGGUUCCACCACACACUCGACUCUCUCACAUUUAUCAUUAUGUGCCUCAGAUCGGCUGGAAUUAUCAGUUUAGUUGAUCUUAAUAUAAUCAUUUGUCUUGUUUUACAGUCUUCAGUUGAAGGCCUUGAGCCGCGCACAUGAUGGCUUUGAUCUGGUUAUAUAAUUAGCCUUGAGUCAUCUUUCUAUAAGUAUGAUUUUAGUGGUGAGUUUGAUGAUGUAUUUAACAGGUUGUGGGGUCAUUUAUCAAUUUAAUACUUGAUAGAAAAAUGACAAGCAUUAAGUUUUAGUCCGCUAUUUACUAUACUUUCUAUAAAUAACAUUGCCUAAUGCCGACUACUCAAUAUUACUUUUAUUUGUAUUAAAGUUAAGUCACGCUGAAAUAAUAAUUGUAAGAUUUGUAUCGAGCGAGCGUUUCCGAUUGUAAUUAAUGAAUUAAUAUUAUGAUGAGUAUUAUUAUGUGAUCGCUUCUCUUUUCGUAGCAAAUAGUUUGUUUGAUAUACUUUUUUUAAUUAUUAUGUAAAUAUUGAUCUGCAUCGACUGUCUCUGUUAGCAUUGAAAGUGUUUAGUAUGCUCGAUUAUUGAGUCACGUGACCUAGCCAAUUUGGCUGGGCCACACGCCACAAUCUAAUUAGUUGAAUAACUUGCUGAGUAAACCUCUUUAAAAAGUUUUGAUAAAUGUUAACAUGAUUUAUGUGUUUUGGGCUUUUACGUAAAAUUUGAAAAUCCCAAAAGUUCAGCUCGACGUUUAGAGCUUUAACUUGCUGAAUUGAACAUCUUGAGUUCACUUUAACUUGCAGAGUGCGAGUUAGAUUAACUGAUUUAACUUAAACAGAUAUCAAAUAGUAAUAAAUAUCUUUUUUUUUCGUUUAUCAAGUAGCGGGGACAUACAGUGUGAGGGUUAAGCUAGAUGGUGAUAUAGAGAUUGUAGUUAUUUGCCAUUGUAUUGCUGUUUUUAAUAUUAGAUUCAAAAUGUUUCAAAUACACA